CCAUGUGCCCCUCAUGUGUACGAGUCCCUCAACCUCAACGCCUCGCUCCCCGACGCUCAUGCACGAACCCCGGUGACUACCCAAAUUGAUACCCCGACUUCAAUCGAGCCCUCGUUAGAAUUUCUCGUUUUCAAUUACCCCACACCUCUCAGUCUCUGAAUAAAAAUGCAUACCAAAGGCCCGGCUCCGCAGCUCCACGACGGCAGCAACCUGCGCAUCGGUAUCGUCCACGCGCGCUGGAAUGACACCAUCAUCGAUCCCCUGCUCGCCGGUGCGAAGGCCAAGCUCGAGGAGUGUGGUGUGAAGGAGUCGAAUAUCGUGGUCCAGACCGUCCCGGGCUCAUGGGAGCUACCAAUUGCCGUCCAGCGCCUUUACGCGGCCUCACAAGUGCAAUCCUCGUCAGCCGGCAGCGGUGGUUCGGCAGGUGACCUUCUGGGGAGCUCGACGGUUGACUUGGCGUCCCUACCCUCGGCCUCGGCUUCUACGGGACCGUUUGACGCCAUCAUCGCCAUUGGUGUACUGAUUAAGGGAGAGACGAUGCAUUUUGAAUACAUCGCCGGCAGUGUUUCGGACGGGUUGAUGCGUGUGUCCUUGGACACGGGUGUGCCCGUUGUAUUCGGCGUCCUCACCGUACUGAAUGAUGAGCAGGCGAAGGCUCGGGCAGGUCUCAUCGAGGGGAGCCACAACCACGGCGAGGACUGGGGGCUUGCUGCCGUUGAGAUGGGUGUGAAACGGAAGGCCUGGGCAGCCGGGACAAUGGAAUAGCAACGCCCUGCUCGGCGUGGUUCUGUAUGCUUUAUUAACCCGGCUCACUUCGGGCUCGAGUUUUAGAGUCGAGGCGUCUAAACAGUCGCUUUUUGUAUAUUGGUAUUACCAGAUUAGCGCAUCAAAAUGCUAUGUCUAUCAUGAAUCCUCCGCGCAGACCAGGGAAGGCCCGGGCCCAAACUGGUUUCC